UUCCCGCCUCCAGGUGCGUCACUCGCUACGGAGUUUCGUCGGGACAACAUGGGUCGCAGGCGUGCGGCCGACAAGAAGUCGCGGGGAAGCGAGCCUCGCGGCCAGAAGGCUAAGGGGGAGAACUUGACCCUGCGCGAGGAAACGGAGGCGGAUGUUUUUGAAGAUGAGAAACCCUCAAAGAAGACCAUUCUCUCAAAAGUCUCAGGAAGAAAGAGGAAGAGAGGCUGCAAUGAUCCUGGAGGCCCAGCAGAUAAUCCAGCAAAAAAGAAAGUGGCCAAGGUGCCCAAGGUGAUAAAGGACGUAAAGUCUGAAAAUCCCAAGGUGAUAAAGGACGAAGCCCUCAGUCAUGGGGAGGAUUUCAGGGACACAGCAGGUGCCCACAGGCAGGCACACCAUCCCAAGAGAGAGGCUCCCGUGGACAAGGGCAGCCACAAAGGAGAUGAUGACGACGAUGAGGACAGUGAAGAUGAUUGGGAAGAGGUAGAAGAGCUUAGUGAGCCUGUACCAGGAGAUGUGGGAGAAAAUGCAACCUUCUCUAAAUCUGCUCUGCCUGUGAAGCCCGUGGAGAUCGAGAUCGAAACCCCGGAGCAGGCAAAGGCAAGAGAAAGAAGUGAAAAGAUAAAAAUGGAGUUUGAGACAUAUCUUCGGAGGAUGAUGAAACGUUACAAUAAAGAAGUCCAUGAGAACACACACAAGGUUCACCUUCUGUGUCUAUUAGCUAAUGGCUUCUACCGAAAUAGCGUCUGCAUGCAGCCAGAUCUGCUGGCCAUCGGCCUCUCCAUCAUCCCUACUCGCUUUACCAAAGUGCCUCCUCAGGAUGUGGAUAUCUGCUACCUGUCGGACCUGGUGAAAUGGUUCAUUGGAACGUUUACAGUUAAUGCAGAGCUUUCCACCAGUGAGCAAGAUCACCUGCAGACUACCUUGGAAAGGAGGUUUGCUAUCUACUCUGCGCAAAAUGAUGAAGAAUUGGUCCAUAUAUUUUUACUGAUUCUCCGGGCCCUGCAGCUCCUGACCCGACUGGUAUUAUCUCUACAGCCAAUUCCCCUGAAGUUGGCAGCGGCAAAGGGAAAGAAACCAUCUAAGGAGAAAUCCACAGAGGGUGCUGGAAGUUCCUCAGAAACUUCUAACCCACUUCCAGAAAACCAGACCAAACCAAAGACCAGCAUAGGAACCAGACGAGAGGGGCCUUCCUCUCAGGGCCCAAGUGCCAAAGGGAAGAGGAGCCGGGCAGCUGGGAAGAAACGGAGACAGCCCUCAUCCAGUGAGGAGGAGGAGGAGGAGGGCGAGGUGGGGGAGUCUGAAGAAAACCCCAGACGCCUGCCUGUCCGGGAGCGGCGGGUGGCCCCCAAGGUGUCUUACAAGGAGGCAAGUGGGAGUGACGAGGCCGGCAAUGACUCUGACUUCGAGCUUUCCAGCGGGGGCGCCCAUCAUCCAUCUGACGAGGAUUCUGAGCCUGGUACUGUGAGGCAGAGGGCCCCGGCCCUUCCGAGGAGAAAGGCCCGGUCUCAGAGUGAUUCCAGGACCCCACGUGGAAGCCACCCUCAGCACCCAGGCUUUCCAGCAGCUUCUGCAAGCUCUUCGAGUAGUCAGAGUAAGAGAGGCAAGAAAAUUUCCAGUGAAGGUGAGGAGGUAGGAGGUGGGCAAGCAGCUGGUGUAGACCAGUGGCUCGAGGUGUUCUGUGAGCAGGAGGAAAAGUGGAUGUGUGUGGACUGUGUGCAUGGGGUGGUGGGCCAGCCUCUGACCUGUUAUAAAUACGCCACCAAGCCCAUGACCUACGUGGUGGGCAUUGACAGUGAAGGCUGGGUCCGGGAUGUCACCCAGAGGUACGACCCAGCUUGGAUGACGGCGACCCGCAAGUGUCGGGUUGAUUCUGCGUGGUGGUCUGAAACCUUGAGAGCAUACCAGAGCCCGCUGGUGGACAGGGCAAAGAAAGAAGACCUGGAGUUUCAGGCAAAGCACCUAGGCCAGCCUUUGCCCACUUCCAUCGGCACAUACAAGAACCACCCCCUGUAUGCCCUGAAGAGGCAUCUCCUGAAGUACGAGGCCAUCUACCCUGAGACUGCUGCCAUCCUCGGGUACUGCCGCGGAGAAGCGGUCUACUCCAGAGAUUGUGUGCAUACCCUGCAUUCCCGGGACACGUGGCUGAAGCAGGCAAGAGUGGUGAGGCUGGGAGAAGUGCCUUACAAGAUGGUGAAAGGCUAUUCCAAUCGGGCACGGAAGGCCCGACUCGCUGAGCCCGAGCUGCGGGACCAGAAUGACCUGGGCCUGUUCGGCCAGUGGCAGACGGAGGAGUACCAGCCGCCCGUGGCUGUGGACGGCAAGGUCCCUCGGAAUGAGUUUGGGAAUGUGUACCUCUUCCUACCCAGCAUGAUGCCUGUUGGCUGCGUCCAACUAAGGCUGCCCAACCUGCACCGUGUGGCGCGCAAGCUGGACAUCGACUGCGUCCAGGCCAUCACUGGCUUUGAUUUCCAUGGAGGCUACUCCCACCCAGUAACUGACGGAUACAUAGUCUGUGAGGAAUUCAAAGAUGUGCUCCUGGCUGCCUGGGAAAAUGAGCAGGCGCUUAUUGAGAAGAAGGAAAAGGAGAAAAGGGAGACACGGGCUUUGGGGAACUGGAAGCUACUGGUCAGAAGCCUGCUCAUCAGGGAGAGGUUGAAACUGCGCUAUGGGGCCAAGAGUGAGGCCGCUGCUCCCCACACAGAUGCAGGAGGUGGCCUCUCGUCUGACGAAGAGGAGGGAACUAGCUCUCAAGCGGAAGCUGCCAGAAUCCUGGCUGCCUCCUGGCCUCAAAACCGAGAGGCUGAAGAAGAACAGAAGCCAAAGUGCCCUAAGAAGACCAAAAGGGGAAAGAAGGAGGCGGCUUCUCACCUGUUCCCAUUUGAGAAGCUGUAAUGUGAGUGGUUACCAUGGUGCAGGCCUCAUGCCUGUCCUGGGGUAUGGCAUCUCCCUCAGGAAGGCACAGAAGUGGCCUGCACUGCAGACAAGGACUAGGGGACAGAAGGGCCACAUGGAAAUGGCGCAGGCCUGCUCUGGCUCCAGUCCUUGUGGGAUACAGCCGGGGUAGGGUUUCCUAAGCUCCUGACUACCUUAUGCUUUCAGCUACAGAACAUUCCCCAGAGACUCUCGUGUUAUCCAGCCCCUUACCUCACAUCUUUGGGAACAGGAGUCGGUUCUUUCAUAGACACCACUGGGGAAUCUUGGGGCAUUUAGGGACACAUCUGUCCAUUCUUCAGGUAGAUUAUUCUUCUGUUGGGCAUUUGUGCUCAUCUCUCUGGCCAACUUGGGAGCCUCUCUGUAGGCCACACACUUUUCCCUCAAUCAGGUUUUCUGUGCUACCUACUGCUGCCUCUUUGUAGAGUGGGAGAGCACGAGUGGGAAGUAAGGUUCACUCAGAUCAUGGUAUUGUGGGGUGGGAUCUACUUUUUGAACAUUUCAGAAGAUUAGAACAAGCUAAAAUCAGAAAAGGGAAAAUAGGAAUUGAAAAAGAAAUGUAACAGGAUCAGUGUUCAAUUAGAUUUUGUUACUGGAUUAAUUUAUAAAGCUCUAUGCACUGUAGAUAGUCAACAGAAAUAACUUUUAUAAGUUGAGAAAAAUUAAAGCAAUUGUCCAAAAAGCCUUGGCUCUGCAUUUUCAUUCAGAUUUGGGAUAUCCUUGGAUGACAGUGAUUUGUGCAUGUCAAGUCUGUGAUAACUUCUGAUUGUUCUUAUGUAGGCUGGGAACUCAGCACACACGGAAUUUCCUUCUGUGUUUAAGUGAGGAGAUAUUACUUAAUUUGACAGGAGACAUUAAAAACGUGAGCCAGUUUUAGCCAAGGGAAACAAAACACUUGGGCUGUGACUCACAUAGCAAGAGUGGCCAGAAGGCCUUGUUGAGAAAUAAAUGGUGUCAUGGGAAUUGUGGCUGGGCACUUCCUGCCCUGGCCCGUACUCUCCUGCGGGUCAACCACUUGUUUUUUGGGAAUGAGUCAAGACCAUCACCCUGUCUCUGCAGAAGGAACUUGGUGUUCUGGCAGAUUCAGCUUCUAGGAGGUAUUUUGGAAAUGAAAUGAAGCACUGGGUUUCAGAAAUAAAAGAGCAGGUUGGGGGAUGUUAUGACACUGCUUCAAACCUUGUAUUUGUAACAAAAAGUAUGCAAAUUGCUAGCUGCAGAGUGGACAAUUAGCAGCUCACCACCUUGGAGGCAAAGAGAAUAAAAAAUAUUACUGUUCAGGCAUUUCAUGGUCUUUAUCAUUUAGUCCUCACCGCACCCCCGUGAGGCAGGAAGGCAUUGUGCCCCAUUUUACAGAUGAGGAAACUGAGACUCAGUGAUCACUG